CAUGUUUCUGCAAUAUAAAUAGGUCCAUCAAUAUCAUUACAUAAUUUUAUCAUAAACUGGAGACUGCUAUUGACCUGGUUACCAGUGUGCAACAAGGAAACUCUGAGUUUUUCUUUGCUGUAUGUUUACAGAAGAGCAACAACACCUACAAGCUUACAGCAAGACAAUUGGAGACCUGCAGGCCAUCAGAGAUCAACUGGAGAGGAAGCUGCAGGAAGAUGCAAGUGGCUAUGAGCAGCAGAUGAGUGAACUCAUCAAGUCUCACCAGGCAGAGUUGGCAGAGCUCAGAAGGGACCUGAUGACUCAGCAGCAGCAGAACACAGUGCUGAAGGGCAGAUUGAGAGAACUGCAGAUACAGUUUCAGGAGGGUUCCUCUUCUGCAUCUGCUCCCAAUGUAGUGGACGAAGUGAAGAAAGUGAUGAAUGUGUUGUACCACAUGUUGCAGCCUCAUUUUGUGCCUCAGGUGUCAUAUGAUGGCUUGAAGAUCAGACGGACCGUUAUGUCAAAUAUACGGGAUGUGACAGUGAAGUACAUUGAAGUUAACUCAUCAAGAUCCCAACAUGCUAAUGAUGCUGUAAAUGGCAUCCAUGCUCCUGUGGUUACGACAGGGUCUGCGGUGACCUCAGAGGUGGGGAGAAGGGCAGCACAAGCUUCUGUUCAUGAGCCGGUUGCACCAAUGGUGGAAGGUGGUGGCAGUGCAAAGAAACCUGGAGCACAGGAGGAUUCUGACUGCUUAAGCAAGUCUUUACAGAACUCAGGAUUGGAGGCUGCAGUGUCUGACUCAAGUGAACCUAUGAGGACUGCUGCUGCACAGGAGAAGAAUCAGUUAGAAGAGGAAGAAGAAGAAGGAGAAGAAGAAGAAGGAAGCCAUGUGGGGAGUGUGGUGGACAGACAGACUGACUUAGAUCCACCAGUACAAGUUGACAAUGCUGGUGAGCCUACACGUCACAUUAGACUAGUACCAGUGACAGAGAUGGAUGACUUCACUGACCAAAUGGAAGAAAGCAAGGAGAAAGAUGGGCGCUUAAGAGAGUCUUCUUUGGAAAGGAGUUGGAGACCACAGCCACCCCCACCACCAUUAUUUGAUGAUGAUGAUGAAGAAGAAGAUGAUGACUGGCUCAGCUGAAAAUGACAAAUAUUGAUUUUGCAUUUAACGUUAAUUGUAAUUGCUAUGUUAUCAUACUACUUUUUUAAGUGUUGUAUCAAGAUAGAAACAUGGAUUGCUGGACCCUCCAUUCAUUUUACUGGGCAAAACUUGACCACAUAAUGAGACUAAUAGUUUAUGAUAAAAAUGAAAAAGUUUUUUUAUGAAGUGUACAGUAAGUUUUGCUGAGGACCAUCAUUAUGGAUGUAAAAUGGAAACAUUUUUACGAUUUUUAUGGAAAAGAUUUCCAGUGUCAGAUUAAAAUAAAACUGUCCACUGGUUUAGGCACUGAUGCUAGGUCACAGACAUUACCUCCACAUAUGGCAUUCUUUUCUGACUCUUAAGAAUGUCUAAAAAGAAUCCAUAAAUCAAGAUAAUUGUUUAAACACCAGUACCAACCAGUAUUCUACUAAGUAUCAGUACUUGGUAGAAUACAGAGGUCACCGAGGUUUGUGGUGAUAUAAAUAUAAACUCUCAUCGACAGUAAUAGGAAACUAAAUUUAGUCUCUUUGUUAUCAUCUUACA